AUGGAGACGACCUUUAUAUCGAUCCAUGACCUUUCGGAUCAGGCCAUCACCCUCUACACAUCAGACUCGGUCGUCGACGUCCUCGGCUACACCCCCGAAGAACUCGUCAGCACAUCCGCAUGGGAUCACUUCCAUCCCGAUGAACUGCCCCUAGCCCAGCACAUCCAUGGCAAGAAGAUCAAGGCCGACAAGGCGGCUGUUCUGGCAUAUUGUCGGAUCCGAAAUAAGUCAGGCGAAUGGGUGGGCUGCGAAUGCUGCUUCUCCAUCGUCUACGAUGUCAUGAUAGCAUGUACGAGCGUUUACCAGCGCGGACUCAGCAGUGAGAAGCGAGCAUUGGAAGCCCCUCUCGUCCGGCGUUGUUUCUCCUCGUCGCCGGAGGAUCCUCGUUACCACAUGUUGUCGUACAUCUCCACGAAACUAACCCAGCAGGUGACGCCGACACAGCAUGAGCCACGAGCUGCGUUGUUCCUCAACCGAUUUACGCGAACGCUGACCAUCAUGUAUGCCACUAGCGGGCUCAAGGAUAUUGUCGGCAUCCCUGCAGAGGAGAUGCGAGGUCGCAGUUUCUACUAUUGCAUUGCAGACAACUGCGUCCAAGAUGCGGUCAAAUGCUUGGAGAAUGCCAAAGCCAAUAAUUCAAUGGCCUAUCUACGAUUUUGGUUCCGGGACCCACGGUUGAGCGAUGAACCU